AUGACUCAAACUUUAUAUUUCAGCGUUCUUCUCAUCGCUCUCUGUUCAUUAUCUGAAUGCAUUCAGCGCCGCUAUCACCACAUAAACAUGAAUAAGACCUGGACUGAAGCUCAGAAAUACUGCAGAGAAAACUACACAGAUCUGGCCACAGUCAACAACAUCAAUGACAUGAAACAACUGAUCAUGAGUGUGAAUAACAGCCUGUUGACUAACAUUAAGGAUUUGUUUGUCUGGAUUGGAUUGAUGAAUACAGGUGUUUAUAAAUGGAAGUGGUCUCUGGGUGAUCCUGUGAAUUAUGUAAACUGGUCUAAUGGAGACUCAAAUGGUCCAGGUCAUUGUGUUUAUAUGAGAGAUGGAUCAUGGCGUCAUCAGGACUGUAGUGUGAACAAGAGAUUCAUCUGCUACAAUGAGAACAGUAAAGGAUUCAUCAUUGAAACAUCUGUUAAAACAUGGAGAAACGCUCAGAUCUUCUGCAGACAGCAUCAUACUGAUCUGACCAGUGUGAGGAAUCAGACUGAGAAUCAACAGAUUCAGAAGAUCAUGAAUGACACAAACAUAUCUGAAGUCUGGAUUGGUCUGUUCAGUGACUCAUGGGAGUGGUCAGAUAAGAGCGACUCCACAUUCAGAUACUGGAACUUUGGUGAACCUAAUGGAGGAAAGAGACCACAAUGUACAUCAGUCAAUGUAAAAAGGCAGAAAAAAAUGUAUGAUGCAGGUUGUUAUAAACCCGUCACAUUUGUGUGUUAUGAAGCUCUUUCUACACCUUCUGGAUUGGAAAUAAACACCUCUUUGGGAACGACCCCUCAUGCUGAAGAUCUUUGGGAGGAAGAGGUGGUGACACAGUUACCCGAGGCAGACGAUCAUCUGAUAUUGAUCCAGAAGAAUCUGAGCUGGUCUGAAGCUCUGAGAUACUGCAGAGAGAAUCAUGUGGAUCUGGUUUCAGUUGAUUCAGAAGAGAUUCAGCGCUGGGUGACAGACGUGAUUGAUGAGUCCUCUACUGACGCCGUGUGGAUGGGGUUACGUCACUCCUGUGCUGUUGGUCUUUGGUUCUGGGUGAAUGGAGAGAUGGUCUGCUAUCAGAAUUGGGCUCCAGGGAACGAAACCGCAGUGGACGACUGUGACCAUGAAGUGAAAUCUGGAGCAGUACAGGCCAGUGAUGACGAUCUUCGCUGGAUCGGCAUUCCUGAAUCUGGCAAACUCAACUUCAUCUGCAGCAGAAAAUGA